AUGGACCCUUCCGCCUGUCGAGUCAUAUACAUUGACGAAAGAUUCAACACCGAAAGAUGGAUUUCUCGGGAGGGGCUGUCUCCUAGCACGCCCGCAAGAGCAGAUUCGCAGGUGGAAUUCUCGGACCUGCCCCUCGACUUGCAGACCAACGUCAAUGCCUUUUUGACUGUAUUCAACCAAGUGUACGUAUGCAGUUCUGGUAGGGCAUUUUCCACAAAACUCUCCGAACUUCACGACCAGGUCAAGCUCGAUUGUACUCCGAUACUUGCCUGCUUUGACGUCGGCUCCGAGUCAAAGCGUGAGCAUACCAAAGCGAAACCCAGAUUCUUUCCCUCCUCCGAUUCUCCAUUACCAUCCCCAAGCUUGCUCAGGAAGGAAAUCACCUUCUCCUCUGAGUCCGACGAGUCAUACGGCCUUCAACUGCUGUCCCGCAUAGCAUCCGAUCUCCAAGUUGAUGAGGGUGUCAAGCUGAUAAUACCGGUGGCGAUUGUCUCUCGGGCACCAUUUGGCCCUGAGUCCAAACCCGUUGCGAUCGAAGACAAGUCGGAUAUCAUCGACGCGCAGUUAAUGUUACAGUGCCUGGAUGCUGGAGCGCUCGAUGUUGUGAAGAGUCCAUUGGACAAAGCCGGGAUCAUGGGUCUGACGGUCCACGCCUACCGCAUAUACAAGAACGCAAAAAAGGAGCAAGCAGGUUUCAUGGCCAUGGCUCGGAGGAAUCGCAAGCAAUCAUGGGUCGGUAUGGAAGAAGAGAAACCCUAUGCUUAUCUUCGCGAAGCCAUGGUGAAAAAGUUACUCAAGGGGAUUUGCGAGCCGCAAAAUAUCAUCGAGGAUUACCAGCAUCGUGACUUGUAUGUGCAGGAGUCCCGGAAAGAGGCCGUCGCCCAAGCUGUCGGCCGGUGGGACUUUUCUGGCCAUGACUUUACAGAGGAUGAACUCGUCUACGCUGGCUAUUUUAUGCUGAAUCAUUGUCUUCAGAUGGAGGAGUGUGAGCAGUGGAGCAUGAAUCAACGCGACCUACUUCACUUUAUGCAAGGGUGCCGUGUAGCAUACAAUUCGUUUGUCCUUUAUCACAACUUCAGGCACGCUGUCGAUGUCUUGCAAUCAGUUUUCUACUUCCUCCUCCAAAUAGGCACUCUACCACCUUAUCCUGCAGGUGCCGAGCCAUCACCUUUUGCAGACAAGAAGUCACCAAUAGCACGACUUUUAGGGCCCUUCGAAGCACUCACCCUUUUGGUCUCGGCCAUUGGUCACGAUGUUGGCCAUCCUGGCGUCAACAACAUGUUUCUGGUCAAGUUGAAUGCGCCUCUUGCGCAAUUGUACAACGAUCAGUCGGUUCUCGAGGCCUUUCACUGUGCGGCUUACUCUCAAAUUCUCCGGCGACAUUGGAACACUGCAUUCCAGGAUAAGGCUCUUCGGAGACUGAUGAUCAGCACCAUUCUCGCCACAGAUAUGGGGAUCCAUUCCGACUACAUGCAACAACUGGGCAAUUUGCAAGAGAAAAUCCACGAAAGCGGAGCGACUGAUGGAUGGUCACCAAAGGACAUCGACUGGGCGCGGACUUUGGCUUGUGGGCUGUUAAUUAAAUGCGCUGACAUCAGCAAUGUGGCUCGACCAUGGUUGGUGGCCGAAAAAUGGACCCAUCUACUUCAGAAGGAGUUUGCGCAUCAAGGAGAGAUGGAGCAAGCCGUUGGAAUGGAGACGACACUCUUUGGCGGCCCUCCUGAAUUGGGAAAUAUGCUGAAGCUUGCUAAUGGCCAGAUCGGCUUCAUGACCAUCUUUGCACAUCCGCUUUUCGCCAACGUUGCUGACAUAAUUCCUGCCAUGCGGUUCGCUGCCGACGAGAUCCUGACCAACAAAGGAGUUUGGUUUACAAGAGCCGAGCAUGAAAAGAAACUCCAGCUUGUCAUGAAGGGAACUGGGCCUGGUGAUGGAGGUUCAAUAAGUCCCAGGACCCAAAGUCCUGUCGGCCGACUGCAGGACCAUGGAAAAGAGAAACAUCUGCCGGUGUCUCCACUCCGAGACCGUAAUCAUUCGCCAGAGAAGCCGCGCUCGGAAUCUGGACGUGGCCGACAGGGUAGUAACACUACACCACAAGACAGUACUCAUCGGUUGUCAUUAGCAGAUGCUGCAGGGAUAGCCGUCUCAACCACCCGUGACCGAUCUGCCUCGAAAUCUAAACAGAAUUUGAAUGCGGCUGAUCAGGAAUGGGCCAGCUCAGCCCUUGUCAACGGUGAACAUAUCCCGGCGCAACUUACGCCGGAUACCACUCACAGAGAAGAGAGGAAUGGCACCACUUCCAGCAAUACUCCGCGGCUAGCCUCAUUAUCAAAUGACACCACAGAACCUAUACAACCCUUCAACGAUCCAAGAAGGGAUAAUGCGGUAUCAAUGCGCGCAGGAACAGAGGCUAUCCCCCAGGAAGCUAUGGAGGGAAAUAACGCCUCAGAAGCAGAAAAUAUGCAAAAAUUCAAUUUUGCGACCUCGAAAAAGGACGAGCCAGUACGAACCUACGAUCCCCAACGUCAAUACAAUCCUUCACAUCCCGGCCUUCGUGCCAGCGCCCCAGCAAGCGACGUCGAAUCGAAGCAGCCUAAAAUUGAAUCGAUCAACAUGUCACCGGCCGCCAGGUCGCCUCAAAGCGACAACACCACGAGCGGCAUCCUAAGAGGUGGUGGCGGUGGUGAGGGGCACAUCUUGACCCCUAGCGGAAGCACUGAAGCUACAAGCUAUACUUCAGACAAAAGCGAAGAACUGACGAGGCUUCGAAACAGUCUCCAAGCCAUACGCAACCGGGCAGUAAGUGCACCGAUGCACUCAGGAAGUCCGGUACUGAGACCCAGUUUUAGCAUGGGCAGUAACAGCGCAACCAGCAGAGAGAGCAGCAAAUAUGACAUUCAUACGACCAUCUUGAGUAAUGGAGACGUGGAAGAUGCAAGCGCCAAAGACAGGAAAACCAGUACCAAGACUAUGGGCAGGAGAAGGAGCAGACUAAAACUGGGGCUCGCAUUCUGGAAGAGAAACCGAAGCGAGAAGAGCAUCGAGGGCGAGAUGUUCAGACCGGAUAGUCAGGGAAGUGGAGGCAGAGGAUGA